ACAGGGGGCGCUGUGAGCUCAGGUCAUGAGCUUCACUUCCGGGAUAAUGACUUGAUGCGCUAGUGCAUUCACAACAAUCACAUCCCAGGCUGAUGGGGCCGGACAGUUCCCCAGGUCCAGCUGUUCCCUGGCGGAAGGUGCUGUGGGAGCGCCAGCCUUUCCCUGAUAACUAUGUGGACCAGAGGUUCCUGGAGGAACUACGCAGGAACGAGGGCCUCCAUCACUACCAUUACUGGGCCGUGGUGAAAGAAGCAGGCUUUGUGGGACAGCAGCUGUCCUGUGUGGCCAUUUUCAUCACCCUUUGGCUCUACAUGGAGAAGGGUCUGUUGUCCCCUGAGACGCUGCUAUCGACCAUCCUCGUCUGUGGCCUGCUGGGCUAUGGGCUGCACCAAGCCAUGACAUCUCGUGUUGAAUCUGGCUGCGAGCCCCGCACACAUCUGGCUGACUUGCAGAGUGCCACUAUUUUUCUUUCCUUCACCUUUGGCUUCUCGCCAGUUCUAAAAACACUAACAGAGUCUGUGAGUACAGACACAGUGUAUGCCAUGUCUGCUGUGAUGAUGCUGGCCCACCUAGCUUUCUUCCCGUACGCCCAGCCGUCACCCCCAGGCAGCCUCUCUUUAAAUGCGGCUCUGUUUGCCUCUGUGUGUUUAGCCUCGAGGUUACCCGGGGCCCUGCACACCUUCGCCAUGCUCAGCUGUGCCCUGCUGGUAUUUGCCCUGUGGCCCUGUCUGCUACAGAGGCUGAGAGAAAACGCCCCUUGCCACUUUACUGGGGUGUGUGUGGGAAUUUGUAUUGGAGGGGUAGGAGGCCUGGGCUCCCAGUGGCUUGGCGGGGCCGUGCUGUUGGCCCUGGCCCUCGGAAGUGUUACAUUACUCUGUCCCUUACUACUGGUCAGAUUGCAGAGGCACAAGGACAACAUCCAAGGACCCUGGGAUGAGGCUGAGAUUCAUGAGGACCUCAGCCGCUUUCUUCACUAAAGACAGAGCAGUGCUCCUGAACCAUACUGACAUUUAAGGUGUAGGAAUUUUGUAUAUGUCAGUCCGAGUGUUAUGUUGGUGGUAUACAUAUAAACUGACUAAAACACUAACUCCACCUCUGUUUGGACAGCCAUGACAACUUUGUUCUCUUGGAGAAUAUGAAAAUAUUUUAUCUUAAAGAUGCUACCGUCUUCAUGUAAGUGAUGACCUUGACUUUGUAUGGAUAUAAUGCUAUGUACCUGUAUGACAUUUGGAAUGUUUUUAAUAAUCUGAUUUUGGUUUAUGGUUGUGUAGAAUACUUUGUAAUGCUGGGUAUGAAUGGAUGUAUGUGAAGUGUUGGAUGUAUGUCUGGUGUUUAAGUUGCUUUAUUACAAACGAGGGCUCAGAUUUCUAUUGAAGACUAUGUUUAAAUUAAAUAUGAAUUUUAGAAUUUUAAGACUUCAUUGUUGCUUUUUCAUUAAAAGGUAUAGUGUAUUUUCUUUUCUAAUGUGAGAGCUAAUGUCAAUGGUCUAUGUACUGUAUGUACUGGGUGGGUUAUCCAUAAGGUCUAAAAAUG